UCGCGUCGCGCGGUCAAGCGGUUUAUUACCGAAAGACCUUCAGCUCGUAGAUCACAGGUCACGACGGUAAAUGCCGCCAUUGGCUGUGUCUGGCGAUAACGCGGUUUAUUGGGCUGAAGCGAGGAUUCUUAACCUCACGAGCUUCCUGAAGAGGAAAACACCCGCGGUCUUCACGACACGACGCGUCCGGAGUCAUGACGGUCACACCGGUCCGAGAUCUCAGGAGGGUCUUGCCUAAGACGUAUGAUCACAGAAGAGAGGUUCUGUCGGAGAUCUCCACAGUUUUGUCUCAGCAUCGGUACCUGCAGCCAGUGAUGGAGAGAUUCGUCUUUAACGACGGCAAAGCGAAGACCCUGGUCGGUUUGACUGGAACCAUUGAAGUGUUUUACGAAGGCAGGCGCUACAACAUUCCAGUGAGUUUGUGGCUGAAGGAGAGUUAUCCACGCAGCGCGCCCAUCUGUUACGUCAAACCCACGCCGGAGAUGGUGAUCGUGACCGGCAGACACAUCAACAGCGACGGAGAGAUCCUGAUGCCUUACCUGGACGAGUGGAGACACACGCAGUGUGACCUGCACAGCUUGAUCCAGGUCAUGAGGACUGUGUUUAGCGAACUUCCUCCCCUGCGUUUGCGUCUUUACCCGGAAGAUUCAGGUUCUGCCUAUCAGAAUUGCUCAGUCGGGGAAAUCUCACACGUGGUGCUGGACAGAGAGGACCAUCUUCAUUUCUCUGAACAUGAUGAAACCGUCUGCUAGCUCGCUAGACCUAUUUACAAUUCGAUAUUGUUGCGGAUUGUACGCAUAGUUCCUUGUUAAAGUAGACAUUGGCGGGACAUUAAAUGUUUGUUUAAAAACUAUAAUUAAUGUUAAAUUUGCACAUUCUAUGUAAAUAUGAAGCAGUGUUUCUCUAGUGAUACAUGCUCAGUUUGUUCUCAGCCAAUGGCUUUUCUCUUUUCUUUUUCUUUUCAUUCAUUCAUGUUUUGACCUGUAUCAUAUCAAAAAUACCUAAUGUAAAUAUGCAGGUAUAAACAGUGGAAAAACUAAGUUCCCACAGCGGAUAAAUAACAAUCACGUCAUAUUUACUCACAUUUUAUGGACUCACUGUUUUAUAUAUAUUAAAAAAAGACUCUUACAAAAUAG